CGGGGCAAUAUUACCUGUAUAUUAGACCGACGUUCGCCACGACGACGGCGACAUGUCUAGCUCGCGCGCAGGCUAUGUCAAAGCGACACCGUCCACGCCUCAUUUCCCGAUAUCGCUGGAGCCACUCGCCUCGUCGGCAGACGACGUAGGAGACGAGGACGACAUCCAGUCGUGGACACCCCAUAGCGGCACGAAUCAUCGCUCGAAGCUCGACUGGACGAAUCUACUGGAACGAUGGCGGACGUUCCACCCGCCUCGUCGGAUAUCGCAUUGCAUUGACGUAGUGCGGGAGUUCGUGGAGGAUAAUGCGGGAUUGCUAUUGGUUGCUCUUAGCCAGCUUUUCUUCGCACUUAUGAACGUGAUGGUGAAGAAGCUGAAUGCGCUGGAUCCGCCGGUGCCGCCAUUAGAGCUUGUUUCUGUUCGGAUGGGUAUUACAUAUGUUUGCUGCAUCACCUACAUGACGACUAGAGGCAUCGAGCACCCUUUCAUUGGACCCGGACCCUACACUGUACGAAUACUGCUAAUCCUACGAGGUCUAUCGGGCUUUAUCGGCCUGUUCGGUACCUACUUCUCGCUACAAUACCUCUCCCUUGCCGACACCACCGUCCUCUCCUUCCUCUCACCCUUUACCACCGCGGUCGCUGCGCACUUCAUUCUCAGCGAGAAGAUGCGACUGAAAGAGGUUUGGGCAGCCCUGGUCAGUCUGUUCGGCGUGCUCCUCAUUGCACGUCCGACCUUCCUCUUCCACUCCUCCUCCUCCACCAACGCGGCGCCGGAAGAACCAGCAACCCUCGACCCCGUCGCAGGUGUUGGUGAUGAGCGAGGGACGCCCGCAGACCGCCUUCACGCCGUCGGAUUCAUGAUGUUGGGAGUCGUGGGCACGACCGUGGCGUUCCUAUCCAUUCGCGCGGUCGGCAAACGCGCACACGCUCUCCACUCGCUGACAUCUUUCUCCCUCCAAUCCGUCAUCGCGUCCUCCAUCGGGAUGCUUGCUACCGGAACGCACGUCGUGGUCCCAACAUCCCCCGCCUUCCUUCUCUUCCUCCUCCUCAUUGGCGUCUCCGGCUUCGUCGCCCAGUUCCUCCUCACGCUCGGCGUGCAGCGCGAGAACGUCGGGCGCGCGAGUAUGGGCACUUACGCCCAGUUGAUCUUCGCGUCGGCCUUCGACCGGAUCUUCUUCCACGGCAAACCCUCCUUCCUCUCCGUGCUGGGCACGGUCAUCAUCAUGGGCGCCGCCUUCUACGUUGCGGUCACGAAAGAGAAAGAUCCGGCCAACAAUACCUCGUCCACCGCCAGCGGACACCGAAGUCGGACGACCGCGCAAUCCGCGGUUCCGACCGAGCUCGAGGAAGGGCUUUUGCACAACGCCGCUGCUUCCGACGGCGAAGACGAUGAGGAGGACGGGAAAAGCGUUGAUAACGCACCAGAACGGGACUCCAUGAUUAGAAAGGAUCGCUCGCUAGAGAUACAAGGUAUCGUGAAGGGCGAUAACGCGUAGUAAGCUAUCAACGACCUUGAUUUCACUGUGUGUGUGUAUGUCCAUCUACUUGGACAAUGCUAGAUCUAUUUGUAUCGCUGACAGUUUAUCCUGCCUGUACGAACAAGAUACGAUCAGAGCACCCCGUCUUCAAUCCAGUUGGAUGGGUUUCAUACGAUUUCAUUACAUAGCAUAGAGCAUAGCAUACAUGAGUUUGGAAUACAUUCGGAUACAACUAUCGUGCUUCAAACCAGACGACAAGCGCAGCUACUCAUCUAGUCUUGUGCUUCUUGUUCGACCUCAUCGCAACUUGACCAUCGGAUUUCCUCUUCUUCCCGUCGUUCACGGCCGCCCUGUUCCCGGCCUGUACUUCCUGCGCUUUGACGCGUGCGGCGUGGUUGUCGCGAAUGCGAGUCGAGCGUCUGACGGGCUUCUUCGGGGAGGAGGCACUUUCCGGAACACGAGCAUGAGCUCGCGUACGCGAAGGCCGGGCAGGCUCUGGAGCCGGUGGAACGACGACUUCCGCAGGCCCGUCAGGGUCAACGUCCAUCGGGACGUGCGCCGUGGUUUUCUCGAACGGCGGAGGCGCGGU